CAAGUUCAAACAUUCAGUUGCAAAAUGAGAAACCAACCCAAAACAUCAAACACUUGUAACUUUGAAUAUUUGUGAUGAAUUACAUUUUACACUAGACCCUGGGGAAAAAAAACUGUUGAUUACAAAAAAAAAAUACUUUCAAAGCACUGAUUAUAGGUCUCAAACUGCUGGUAAUUCUCUGUGUGCGUGACGUAGUAGCAGCAAAUGCAGUAGAGUACGAGAGCCCCCCUAUAAGUCAGUGAUUGCGUGCUUCAAGCCAGCUCUCUAACCCCCAUUGUGUUGCAUAAAUGAAAUCCCCGGCAGCCUAAUGCAUAGCCUGUCUCCAGCCACACUGCAUUCCCAUAGUUCCGAAUGACCCCAGAUACAGCACAUUGUACUAGCCUGUCACGUGUGACAGAAAGUGCUGGCUCUCCUUUUCACAACAAACAUGAAACAUUUGCACCUCCAGCAUUUUUACACAAUGGGGUACAUAUUAGCAAGUGUCCAUGUAAGUUUCAUAAAGUGAUCUCAUCUCUUUUUUUUUCUUUUUCUUCACCUUUUUUUUUUUUUAAAUUUCAUCUUUCCAUGCCUGGGAGGGCUUCUCUCCGAUUCUCAAACUGUUUUCGGUGACAGUUUGAAAAAUCACAUUAGAACACAUGAGAGCACUGAAUCUGCCUGCUUAUGUGAUCUGCAAUGCUGGAAGAAUUAGAAGAAAUAGAGGGCCCGGGAGAUGAAAGGACACAAGGGCAACUCCCUACCCCCCAAGCUAAAGACAAGAAGAAAGUACUUGGUCCAGCGGUAAACUAUCUGAUGGGACCAAGGUUUCUUGUCUAUGUGAGCUGUGCAUUGUCAAUAUGGGGGGAUCGCAUGUGGCAUUUUGCCAUCUCGGUGUUCCUCAUUGAGUUGUAUGGACAUAACCUGCUGCUAACAGCUGUAUUUGGCUUAGUGGUGGCUGGCUCUGUAUUGGUAUUCGGGGCUUUGAUUGGUGACUGGAUUGACAGGAAACCAAGGAAUAAAGUUGCUCAUGCAUCGCUGUUCAUUCAGAAUUCCUCUGUCACAGCUUGCUGCAUAGUCCUGAUGCUGGUAUUCUCCUAUAAAAAUGAAAUAGAACAGAUAUGGCAUGGAUGGCUUACAGUAUUCUGCUAUGGAGUGGUUAUUAUAUUAGCUGACUUGGCAAACCUUGCAAGCACGGCACUGACCAUAACCAUCCAGAAAGAUUGGAUCGUGGUGAUCACAGGAGAUAACAGAAGUCAACUAGCUGGAAUGAAUGCAACCGUUAGAAGGAUGGAUCAGGUCAUUAAUAUCUUCGCCCCGUUGUCGGUGGGUCAGGUCAUGACUUGGGCUUCCAAUGUGGUUGGCUGUGGAUUCAUUCUUGGAUGGAACCUGGUGUCACUGCUUGUGGAAUUUAUCUUCCUCUCCAGGGUUUAUAAAAUGGUACCUCAGCUGGCUGUCAAACCACAGCAUUCUAUAGGAGAGCAUUAUUUAGAAAGGCAGCUGGAACUUAUCAAUGUGCAAGGUGAUUUGCCUAUCUGCUCAGCCAUAGGCGACUUCAUUGGCACACCAGCCCUACCCACUGUAUCAAGAGAAGAGAAAGCCCAGACUCCAGAACCUUCUGCAGAGCGCACUUCAUCAGUCCCUGUCUGCUUCCAGAAAGUUCGCCGCAUAUUGAGUACCUGUACAGAUGGCUGGAAAUCCUACUACAGACAGUCUGUCUUUUUAGCGGGUCUGGGAUUAGCCUUUUUGUACACCACAGUCCUUGGCUUUGACUGUAUCACUACAGGUUAUGCAUACACUCAGGGGAUCAGUGGCUCUUUGCUUAGCAUACUCAUGGCCGUCUCCGCCAUCUCAGGAUUAAUGGGCACCUUUCUGUUUACCAAGCUAAGAAGACAUUAUGGCUUAGUGGUCACAGGGAUUAUCUCUAGCUGCCUUCAUGUUGGUUGUCUAAUGCUUUGCGUAUUUUCAGUCUUUGCUCCGGGAAGCCCCUUUGACUUGGGGAUUUUCUCUAUUCUUACGGGUAUGAAUUCUUCUUUAAAUACUGAGAAGUUGCAUCAAAAUCAACUCCACAUAUAUCCAUCUCAAGGGAAUAUCAACCAACCUAUCCUUUCAGACCGUUCCUCAAUCCACUGGACUAACAAUACUGUGUUGUUUGAGAGUGUCCGUGCCAGCGAUCAGCCAGACUCCUACAUUUCCAUCAUACUGCUCUUUUCAGGAGUUAUAUUAGCCAGAGUGGGUCUUUGGUCAUUUGACCUGACAGUGACUCAGCUUCUCCAAGAGAACAUCCCAGAAUCCGAGCGAGGGGUCGUCAAUGGAGUGCAAAGCUCAAUGAAUUACCUGAUGGAUCUAGUUCAUUUCAUCAUGGUCAUUCUAGCUCCACAACCUCAACAGUUUGGGCUCCUGGUCAUCAUCUCAAUCCUGUUUGUGAUAGCUGGACACACCAUGUAUUUUUUUUAUACCAAAAAAUAUAAAACAAUAGAGAGGGAAUCACCAAAUACUCCUGCCUGACAGUCUUGUGAGGAACCAUUUUAAACAGCUAACGCUCUUUGUAGUAUAAUUUUCGUAGUGUGAGUUUUUAGCAUGAAGUGUUGGAUAACCUUAGCAGACCUGUCCAAUGUUCACCUAAUCUGUUACAUUUCUUUUUUUAUUAUAAUUUUAUACAUGAACCACCCAAUUCCAUAUACAGAUUCAAUGAACUUCACUGAAAAUAAACAUACAUUAUUUAAUCUACAA